AUGUUAGGCGGCAAAGACACCCGCAUUAUCUACCGACAUUAUGCCACAUUAUACUUUGUUUUUGUGGUGGACGAGGCUGAAAGCGAACUAGGCAUCCUUGACUUAAUCCAGGUUUUUGUUGAAAGUUUGGAUCGAUGUUUUGAGAAUGUCUGCGAACUUGAUCUGAUAUUUCAUUUUGAAGAUGUUCACAACAUCCUGGCGGAAGUAAUCUCGGGUGGAAUGGUGUUAGAAACAAACCUCGCUGAGAUUGUUUCUGCCGUGAACGAAGCAAAUAAACUCAAAAAACGAACAGGAACUAUGGCUACGAUAGCUGGAAGUGGUGCCGGGGCUGUUGCUCGAGAUCUUGGUGCAAAUCUUGCCAACACUGUCACCAAUACUUUGCAAAGUACUGUGAGCGCUACAUUUCGGAGGUCUGGUUUCUAG